AUGAAGCGAUGCGAUGCAAAAGAUGAUGGUCUACAAAAGGAGGAUCCUAUAACAAUUGCUGAACUGGCGACUCUAGCACAAAAGAAGCUUCCUAAGCAAGUAUGGGACUAUUAUGCCUCUGGGGCGGAUGAGGAGAACGCAUUGAGGAGGAAUAGGGGCGCUUUUGAUAGAUUAAUCCUGCGGCCCCGGGUUUUACGUGAUGUUUCUCGUGUCGAUACUAGCACCACCCUAUUUGGAGAAAAAUAUUUAAUCCCAAUUGGAAUUUCUCCCAGUGCGAUGCAAAGGCUGGCGGGUGGCAAUGGAGAAAUCGACAUGGCCAGAGCAGCAGCUAGUCGCGGUACGACGAUGAUCCUGUCGUCGCAUACGACAUGUGCGUUGGAAGAUGUUAUUCGAGCACCGGACGGAGGCAGCUCGGUGGACUUUUGGUUUCAGUUGUAUAUAUCGCAGAAUCGAGAGAGAUGCGCGCAAGUAAUAGGGAGAGCUGAAGCUGCCGGCUACAAAGCCCUUGUCCUGACUGUCGAUACCCCUAUUCUGGGUAACCGUAUAAACGAGCGAAAAACAGCCUUAAUUCUACCUCCUCAUCUUUCCCUCGCAAAUCUUCAUCAGACGAUAAAUCAAUCCUCUUCUGAAGGAAAUUCACCGCAAGCAAAACCAACAAUGAACCGCGUCCUCCUUGAAGCACGGAACGCCCAGGAAGCUGCGAAAAUCGCGCGUGGGAGCCACGACACCCUCAACGACGCAUCUCUUACCUGGUCUAACACCAUCUCAUGGCUGCGCUCCAAGUCUAGCCUGAAAAUAAUCCUAAAAGGGAUAAUGACCGCUGAAGACGCAUUGCUAGCCAUUGAUUAUGGCGCAGACGCAGUCAUUGUCUCCAAUCACGGCGGUCGUCAGCUCGACUCUGUCUCUUCCACCAUCGAAGCACUUCCCGAAAUUGUCAGUGCGGUUCGUGGCAGGAUUCCUGUCAUUAUUGAUAGUGGAAUCACGAGGGGUAGUGAUGUGUUUAAGGCACUGGCAUUGGGUGCAGAUUUCACACUUGUGGGACGCUCAGCCCUAUGGGGACUGAGCUUUGGCGGUCAGGAGGGGGUGAUAAGGGUAUUAGAUAUCCUUGAACGGGAGCUUUCGAGGACGAUGGCACUAGCUGGAGCCGGGACGGUGGGGGAAAUUAGAAGGUCGAUGUUGGGUGUGGAGAAGAAGGACGGGUUUGGUAUUUCGAGAUUGUAG